CUGAUGUUUUUGGCUGUCAGCCUGUCGCUCCAUGGUCUUCCUCACCUGUCUCUGUGGAGCUCCUCCUCCCCAUCUAUCGGCUAUAUAAGGAUGUUACAAGCCGGCCAUCUCUCACAGCAGAGGACACCAAACACCAAACACCCCUACCAAAACAUUCCUAACUCACCUUCAGUUGUGGUAACGUAAGUCAAAUCAAGAUGACAUCCAUGGCAGGUAAACUAGCCCAUCUUAGGGAGAGAGAUCAGGGAGUUGGCACCAAUCAGCAUGCAGUGAAGUUCUGCCAGCAAGACUUCCAGGCCCUGAAGCACCAGUGUCUGGAGGCAGGACGGCUCUUUGAGGAUGACCGCUUCCCUGCUGAGAGCAGGUCGCUUGGAUACAACGAGUUGGGGCCAUAUUCCCCCAAGACCCAUGGCGUUGUUUGGAAAAGACCAACAGAGUUGUGCUCCAACCCAACAUUUAUUGAUGGUGGUGCAACAAGAACAGACAUCUGCCAAGGGGUCCUGGGUGACUGCUGGCUCCUGGCUGCUAUUGCCUCUUUGACCCUUGAGCAGCAGGUCCUGGCCCGUGUGGUCCCUGCUGGACAGAGUUUUGAUGAGGGCUAUGCUGGGAUCUUUCAUUUCCAGUUCUGGCAGUUUGGGGAGUGGGUGGAUGUGGUGAUUGACGACCGUCUGCCCACCAGAGAUGGAGAGCUGCUGUUUGUUCACUCAGCGACCGGCUCAGAGUUCUGGAGCGCCCUGCUAGAGAAGGCCUAUGCUAAGGUCAACAGUUGCUAUGAGGCCCUGUCUGGAGGCACUACCACAGAAGGCUUUGAGGACUUCACUGGGGGGAUAGCAGAGAUCUAUCAACUGAACAAAGCUCCAGCACACCUCUUCAAAAUCAUCCAGAAGGCCCUGGGCCUAGGCUCUCUGCUGGGCUGCUCCAUUGAUAUUACCAGUAAAUAUGAGACAGAGGCAGUCACUGCACAGAAACUUGUGAAGGGCCAUGCAUACUCCGUCACAGGUGCACAAGUGGUACAUGUCAGUGGCAGGGAGGUGGAGCUGAUCCGUAUCAGGAACCCCUGGGGCAAGGUAGAGUGGAUAGGGGCCUGGAGUGAUGGGUCAAGAGAGUGGGCCAGUGUCUGUGCUGACGAGAGAACCAAACUAGGCCAUGUCUCAGAAGACGGGGAGUUCUGGAUGUCGUAUUCAGACUUUGUGGGGCAUUUCUCCCGAGUGGAGAUCUGCAACCUGACUCCAGACACGCUGGUCAGUGAGGAGGUUGGCCACUGGAACAGCUACCAGUUCGGGGGCGUGUGGAGGGUGGGCUCCACUGCUGGAGGCUGCGGAAACAAUCCAGCCACCUUCUGCUCCAACCCCCAGUUUGCUGUGCGUCUGGAGGACGUGGACGAUGACCCCCUGGAUGGGGAGGAGGGCUGCACCCUGCUGGUGGGGCUGAUGCAGAGAGACGGCCGCCGGGGCCUCAGGCUGGGCAGGCAGCUCAACACCGCCGGCUUCGCAAUCUAUCAGGUUCCUGAACAGUAUAAGGGGCGUACUAAUGUCCACCUGGGCCCUGAUGUACUGUUGAGGCAGCAAGCUGUUGCUUUGAGCACCUUCAUUAACUCCCGUGAGGUCUGUGAGCGUUUUAACCUGCCACCUGGGGAAUACAUCAUCGUCCCCUCCACUUUUGAGCCGCAUAAGAAAGGAAGCUUCGUUCUGCGUGUGUUCUCUGAGAAGCAGGCUGCCACCAGUGAAAUGGAAGAUGAUAUUGAUGCUGUAGUAAAGGAGACUGAAAUCUCAGAGAGUGAUGUGGAUCCCCAUUUUAAAUAUCUGUUUAAACAGAUCGCUGGUAAUGAUUCAGAGGUGUCUGUUUUUGAACUGGUUCGUGUUCUGAACAAAGUUGUUUCACAAAGUAAGUCUGAUUUGAAGACGGAUGGAUUUAGUCUGGAGACUGGUCGGCAUAUUGUCAGCCUUUUGGAUAAAGAUGGAAGUGCCAAACUAGGCCUGACUGAAUUCCACAUUCUCUGGAUGAAGAUUCAGAAAUACCUGGACAUUUUCAAGAAUCAUGACACUGAUGGGUCUGGUACUAUGAGCUCACAUGAGAUGAGGGCAGCACUGACUCAAGCAGGUUUCAAAGUCAACAGUGCAGUGCUGCAGAUCAUAGUGUGUCGUUAUGCUAACGCACAGUACGCCAUAGACUUUGACUGCUUUGUGGGUUGCCUGAUCAGACUGGAGAUGUUAUUCAAAAUGUUUAAAACCCUUGAGGCAGAUGGUUCUGGAAAAAUGGAGCUGGAUAUACAGCAGUGGUUGUGCUUGGCAAUCAACUGAGAUCCAAAAGAACAUGUCAUUGAAUACUUCACGUGCUGGAAAAAGACUGCAUUAUAACUCUGGCAGAGUUUGAUCACUUAAAACCGUCUAGAUAAAUUCUCGAAUC